AUGAGGUGCACUUUAUAUAUUUUUUUAUUUGUAUGUUCACUUGUAAAAUAUACUCUUAGUAUAUUUGGAUUCCUUAAAAGUGUACUAGGAAUUCGUUAUCGCAAGAAUAACAUUUUGACUUCGACAUUUUUAACUGAAAAGCAAUCGGAUAUGAGCAUAUGUAGUGUAUGCGAACAAAUCGAGGAAGAAUAUGAAUGUUGCAAGAUUCAAUGUUGCAGUAAAAAAUCAUCGGAAAGUAUAGAAUCACUUGAUUAUAAUAUUUGUUGUAAAUCCGAAAAAGUAUCAAAUGCUAGUAAGACCCGUAAACCCUACUCCUACAAAAAACAACACAAAGCGAUUGACAGAUUGUAUUCAUCAAACCUUCAGGGACGACGUAAAUCGAAUGAAACUAAUAAAACAAUCCAUAUUAAACUUGCUUGUAUUAUCAAGAGGUUGAAUCAUCUUAUAGAGACAUGCCCAAUUCGGAAUGAUACGUCGAAAAAUUGUUCGGCCAAAGAUCGACCAACUACUAGUAUGUCUGCAGUAGCAAACCCUCAAAAUGGAAUAAUAUGUGCUUCAAAGUCGACGUGUAAAAUAGAACAGGUUAAAAACGAAUGCGAGAAGCAGCCACAGGAAAACGUCAUUCCUGCAGUAUAUAAAACUUGUACAAUGCCUGCUUUUAACGACACUUUUAGUCUUCCAGAAACUAGAUCUCCGAAUGAUUGUUUGACCGUGGUUCAACAUGGUGUAACGAUUGGUUAUAUAAUGUAUUCUAAAAUUGAUCCCUGUGAAGUUAAAUGUUCAAAGUCGUCGUGUAACAUAGAACCGGCUAAAAACGAUUGCGAGGAUACGACACAAGAACCUGUCAUUCCGGUGGAUACCUGCUGCAGUGCAUCUCCAGUUAAAUGUCCAUCCGAAACUAAAGUUCUACACAAUUCGACACAAUCUUUGACUCGAAUUCCAGUGGAUAUUCCCUGCAGUAGACAAAAUCUAAUUACACCAGUAACAGACUGCAGCAAAGAGAAAUCAUGUAGUGAAUGGUGUUCGAUCGAUUUAUGUCCAGAGGUGGAGGCUGAAAAACAAAAAGAGGACUGCACUGUUGAUGGUAAAGAUAAUAAAGACGGAGAUAAUAAUUGUAAUGAUAUUAAAGACGACGAAACAAAUAAAAACAUAGGUACCAAAGACCCCGAAAAACCUAAACCCCCGCCCGUACCUGUUAAAACGAUUAAAAGCAUAGGGAAAAACAUCAUUAAACCAAAAACGUCAAGCAAACAAAACCCGGGAAAUUUUAAAGAUGAGAUUAAGCCUAAAGUGAAACCGAAUAGUAAACAUAAUAAGCUAACCAUUAAAGAUAAGAAAAAUAUAAAUAAGCGUUAA